UUAAUUUUUUUUUUUUUGGUAAAAUAGUUUUUUUGAGUGGUUUAAUAUGGAUCCACAAUAUUUAUUGAAGGAUGAAGUGGAGUUUGAGCUUGCUUGUCGUGGUUAUGUGCAGCCAGGUGGUUUUGCCUCUGCAUUGAGACUAAUUUUAAGAAAGAUGAUGUUUGUUGAACAGUCACAAGAAGUGUCUUAUGAAAUUAAAUUACCUUCUGGUUAUAUAAAGAACCCUAAUAAAAACCUAGACGUUUGUUCGAAUAAGCUAGAUACUAUUUUGCGUUACAUUUCUGAAUUAAAUGAAAAACCUGAUAAACAAUUAUAUAAACGAUUAGUUUCACGCUUGUCUCAUAUUGUAAAUAGGUUGAAUUUAAUGGAACCUUUAGCUGAAAUUGAUAAGGACAAGCGUACAGUUCUUAUAGAUAAGGCUAUCGUUCUUCUAUCUGAAUUAGAAAAUAAGGACGAGAUAGAGGAUGAUGAUAACAUAACUUCUGAAAUGAAAGAACUUUUACAUAAGUCGAUCGGUGAGGAUAGUAAAAAAGUUUUAAAUGAAAUUGAUAACGAUUGUCCAAGUACAUCAGUUGGGGAACAUAAAACUACACUACCUAAUACAGACAAUAUAGCUUUAUUGAAUCAACAAAAACGGGUUAGUUUUGGACACGAUAUAUUUGAGGAAGGUCCUCUUUCUGACAAGUUUAUUAAUUUGCCUUUAAAUUCUACGUCGCGUGAAGAUUAUAAUACAAUUCGUAAAAAUAAACUUGUGCCAAUUAGUCAAUGGGGGGUUUAUUUUUCCGGCGAUGGCUUGUUGUAUAAAAAGAUUUGUUUGAAACAAUAUCCUGAUAAGUCUAAUGAUUGGAAGUUAUAUAUUCCGGAGAUUCUUAGAUCUACUAUUUUGAAGCGCUGUCAUAAUGAUGUAAAGGCGGGUCAUUUAGGCAUUCGGAAAACGGUUUUUAGAGUAAAACAAUAUUAUUAUUGGCCGAAUAUUUUAGGUGAUGUGAAACGCCACGUCGGUCAAUGUGAAAUUUGUGCAAAAUUUAAAGUUUCUCAACGUUUGCCUUUUGGUCACAUGGGUCAUCAAAGGCAUGUUAAUAGACCGUGGCAAAUUAUAUCAUUAGAUUUAAUGGGACCUUUUCCAAGAAGCAAAAGUGGUAACACUAUGCUUUUAGUUAUAACCUGUUUUUUUAGUAAAUUUGUUUUACUAUUUCCACUUAGAUCUGGUAAAGCAGAUAAGAUUUGCAGUAUUGUUGAAAGCCAAUUUUUACUUUUUGGUGUUCCACAAGUAAUUAUUUCAGAUAAUGGUAAGCAAUUUGAAUCAAAAUUGUUUAAAGAACUAGUCAAUAGUUAUGGCUCUCAAAUUUGGUAUACUCCUAAUUAUCAUCCACAGAGUAACCCUACAGAGCGAGUUAAUAGGGUUAUUGGCACAAUGAUAUCGAGUUUCAUUAAUACUAAGAAACAUAAUGAAUGGGAUUUGCAUUUGCAAAGUUUUGCUCAUGCUGUUAGGACUUCAGUUCAUGAAACCACAGGCUACACCCCAUCUUUCCUCUUCUUUGGCAGAGAAACAGCUAUUCCCCCCAAAGUUACAAGUAUGUCGCAUGACGCAGUUAAUAUGUUUGACAUUCCUUUAAGUUUUAAUGCAAAAGAAUUUCUUGUAGGUAAUAAGAAGCUUUUUAGCAUCUAUGAGAAGGUUGAACAGAAGAUGAAAGACGCACAUAAAAAAAGUACAUGUUAUUAUAAUUUAAAACGUAGGGAGGCUAAAUUUAAUGUAGGUGACACCGUUUGGAAAAGAAAUAAAUUUUUGUCUAACGCAGGAAAAAAAUUUAUGGCUAAAUUGGCCCCAAAAUUUGAUAAGGCUAUAAUUGUUGAAAGAUUGUCUAGUAAUGUUUUUAGGUUAAAUAGCUGGUAUGGCAAACCGUUAGGGGUUUGGCAUGCGAAAGACUUGAAGCCAUACUGGAAUAGUGAGUAGCAGGUAAAGAAAUGAAAAAUAUUCUUUGUAUACCUUUUCAUUUCUUUUGUAUGUUGGGGGAAUGUAAUAGGAUGAGGGUAGAAACAAAAAGGACAGACACGGACGGUGAUUGCCGUAGAUUGAACGUGUUAAAGAUAUAAAUUGUGUCUUGUGUAAUAUCAAAUUUUGGAUUUUGAAUUUCGGUUAUAACUUGAGGGGUAUGUUUCAUUUAAUUAUUAUUGUAUGGUUUAGUUUUAUUUUGGCUGUGAAACAAUCUGAAAUGUUUUAUUUGUUUUAGCUUUGGGAAAUGCCCUCAAAUUAGAUAUUCAUUUAUUGAAUAACAAAUUGUCUAUAAUGUUUAUGUGAUAAACGUUACCACAUUACACACAUUAGGUUUGGCAGGAUAAACCUAAAUCCUCCUGGCGCCCACAUUUAUGUAUUUUUAGUUAAUUUUAAUAUUUAGUUUAAUAUAUUUUAGUUCUUGUAUUUUGCUAGUUUAUAAAUAUCCUAAUAUAUG